AUUUUAAUCACAUGACUCAAAGAUGGCAGCAUCCAACUUGAAAUGGUUUGUGUUCCUUUUUGCGUUUUCCUUCAUCGGCUCAUGUCUGGCAGUGGACAGUGUUCGACUAAUGAUUCUCGGGGACUGGGGAGGUCUUCCAACUCCCCCCUACCACACUGCCAUAGAAAUGGGUGUGGCCAAACAAAUGUCUGUUGUGGCUAAAAAGUAUGGUCCAGAAGCUAUCCUGGCUCUGGGGGACAAUUUCUAUUACGAUGGAAUAAAAGAUUCAAAUGACAAAAGAUUUGAGGAGACUUUUGAGAAAGUAUUUGCUGCUCAGCCAGGACUGGACUCCAUCCCCUGGAAUUUAGUGGCAGGUAACCAUGACCACAAUGGAAAUGUAUCUGGGCAGAUUGAAUACUCCAAGCGUUCCAAAGUCUGGCGAUUUCCAAACUACUACUAUCCUUUGACCUACAACAUCCCAGGAGGGGGUGUGGUCCAGAUUCUGAUGAUUGACACUGUGUUACUGUGUGGGAACACUGGCGACGAUUUCCUACAUGACCAGCCACAUGGACCUGUUGACCUUGGGGCAGCAGAUGACCAGCUGGCCUGGAUCACACAGAACCUGAAAAGUAGCAGUGCUGACUAUCUGUUUGUGGCUGGACAUUUUCCUGUGUACUCCAUUGCUGAGCAUGGCCCCACCCAGUGUCUAAUUGACAAACUGUUACCCCUUCUUCAGCAAUACCAGGCAGUGUAUUUGUCUGGUCAUGAUCACAAUCUGCAGCAUCUACAAGUCUCAAGGCCUGGCCUGACUAUGAACUUCUUUGUGAUUGGAGCAGCCAACUUUGCUGAUAAUAGCAACGCUCAUGCAAAAGAUGUCCCUGCAGGGUCGUCCAAGUUCUUCUGGGCCAAGAUGUUGGAUCUGGGAGGGUUUGCUUACAUGGAAAUCACAAAACAGAAUGCUACUUUCACUUUCAUCGAUGGUGUUGGGAAAAAUCUGUACCAAAAGUUGUUGUUACCUCGCAGGAUCCCCAUCAACUAGUUAUACUACUGUUUAGUUGGGGG